AUUUAUGAGUUUAAAAAGGUAGGAUGGCAGAAAUCUCUUAUAAAUGAGAAAUAUUGAAUUUAAACUUGCCAUUGAUCUCUCUGUUGAUGGGUCUUGCUUAUAUAAAUAAGGAUUAACUGAAGUCAUUUGUUUAGUUUAGGGACCAAGAGCUGUAAAUUAUCAUUUUAUAUCAGAAAACAUAAUCAGAAUUAUUGAUAAUUGAAUAUUCUGUUUCACCAUUUAGUAACAUAGAAUCAAAAAGGAGUUCUAAAUUUGAUAAAGAUUAUUCAAUGUUUGCUGAAAAUCUUAAAGAGUCUUUUGAAAAUCUUAUCAUUUUAGAUGAAAAUGGAAAAUCAGAAAUUUCAAUUUCAGUUUGUGUUAUUUAAAAUGAUGGAAGUUCUAAAAGUGCUGUUUUUAAUGCAAUUACUUUAGCUUUAUUGGAUGCUGGUGUUUCUAUGAAAGAUUUUCUUGUAUCAGUCACAGUUGGUUUAGAUUAAGGCAAUUUAAUUGUAGAUUUAACUUAAGAAGAAAGUAAAACAGCUUAAGGAGAACUUACAAUAUCCUAUUAAUCUAGAAAAUAAAAAAUAGACUUUUAUGAAUUAAAAACAUUAAAAUUAUAAUAACAAGAAAUGGAUUAAUUAAGUAAAUUAGCAGUAUCUAAGGCAGAUGAAAUCUAUAAGUGGAUGAAAGAAGAAAUAUAUUAAAUAAAACAAAAAUAAAUAGAUUAAUGA